AAAAGAUUUUUAAAAACUAAAAUAGUUGGAUGCCUGCUAAAAUGGCAAGAAUUUGCAUAACAGAGGAUCAUAAUGAGGUCCUGCCUCACAUCUAUAGAUCUAUUGGAUCAAAGAAACUCCCCAUCGAUGACAUCACAAUGGUGCAUUUCGAUUCACAUCCUGAUUUGUUAAUUCCCCAACACUUGGCUGCUGAUAGUGUAUUCGACAAAGAAAUGUUAUUUGAGGCACUGAGUAUUGAGAAUUGGAUUAUACCCGCAGUGUAUGCUGGUCACAUACAUCAUGUUAUUUGGGUUAAACCACCUUGGGCAACGCAAAUGCAAGAUGCAACAUACCACUUCCAGGUUGGCAAACAUAGAGAAACUGGCGAGAUCAGGGUGUCUUGCACAGAGAGUUACUUCUUGAGUGAAGGCCUCUACUCCCACAUUGAUGAGAUGAUAAACAUACAGCAAUUAACAUUGACAGUCCACACACUAAGGCCCUCUGGGAAAUAUCCUCCUUUAUAUCAAAGUGAUGAUCUUAGGGAAAAACAAGCAGACAUGAAUAAGGGAGAUGUUAGAGAUGAUGAUUGCUCAAAAUUAAUAAAAGACAGCCUGUCCAAAGAUAUAGAACACAAAACAAAUCAAUCAACAUUAAAACAAGACAUUUUGCUUGAGGAUGGUACUAGCAAAAACUGUCUUGACGAAGCAUCAUCAAAUAGUGCAAUUAAGAAGUCUCAAUAUCAGUGGAAUGAUGAGGGACCUACAUGUAAAAGGACCAAAUUAAACUCCAAUGACGAAGAAUCUUCAAGUAGUGCAGUAUGUAUUAAGAAAGAGAAAUCAUGUGCACAGUUGGACACAAAUGAAGAAACCCUAAAUAGUAAAACUGAUGCACAAACUGACUUUGAAAACAUUCAUGAUAUAUUAAGUAACACAAAUAAAUCUUUUAUCUUGGACAUUGACCUCGAUUUCUUCUCAACAAUGAAUCCAUUCAAGAUGGAGUUCACUGAAGGGCAGUAUGACUUGCUGAAAAAACUCUACUUCUUUGAGAGACCACUAACAGAAUCUGGAAAGGAUCUGGGAGAUUGUGUUACAAAGAGACAGCAUCAAAUUGCAGAAUUGGAGGUGUCUUUUCAGACCCUCAGUGAAACACAGGGGGAUCUCUCUUGUUGCCAUAACAACAGCCAAGCAUUCUACAAGCUUGUGACUAGUAUUAAGGAUACCAGGCCUGACAUAGACUGGAACAUGGUCCACUCUGCUGGCUGUACAUGUGAUGACACAGAUCUUCCUCAUCAUGUCAGCUCAGAAGAUGAAAUUGUUAAUUUUCAUGAAAUAGUGAAAGACUUCUUGAAGAUUAUGGAACUUCCAAAGCUUAUUACAAUCGCAAGGUCGAGUGUAGAUGACUAUUGCCCCAAAGACCAGGUGGACUUUAUACAAGAACAGACUCUAAGGCUAAUGCAAGAUCUAUAUGGACAGUGUGAUAUUGUAAAAGACUAUGAGUGAU